UUUUCAUUGUUUUGGUUUGUUACACUGGCAAUUACCCUUCUAACUUGGAUUUGCUCAAAUUUUAUUCUUGGAAAAUAUGUCUAUGAUGUAAAGCAAUGAAGUCACUUCCUCCCAAACAGCUAUCACCGAGGAACCCGAGGGUGGAGUUUGUGCUUGGCGUUUGAGAUUCCGAUUAAGGAUAUCUCUCAAAGAAGAAAUUUUUGCCAUGGCCGGUAUCGAAGAGAAAACCUGGCACCCAGCAGACAUCCUCCACCCCAGCCCAUCCCGUCUGCGAAGCUAUGCAAUCGUCAUCCUCAACCAGCCUCUCAAUCUACCCUUCUCGGUGUACCAAAAUCUAUGGAGUAAUUCCAGCUAUAACAUUGCCGCUGACGGAGGAGCAAACCGUGUCUUCACUCUCAACAAGUCCAAUUCCUCAGAAGAAGAUCUACCUCUCACAACCGUAAUUGGGGAUCUGGACUCCCUUCUCCCAGAGGCGCACGGCUAUUGGAGUUCCAGAAAUGUUCCUAUUAUCCAUGACGAGGAUCAGUAUUCUACCGACUUCAUGAAGGCUGUGAAUCACAUCCGGGGAAAGCAGGAUAAGGGACUGGAUAUCGUGGUUCUUGGUGGACUGGGAGGAAGAGUCGACCAGGGGAUGUCAGUCCUACAUCAGCUGUACACCUAUCAGAAAGAGCUUGGAUACCCUGAUGGAAAGAUGUUUCUACUUUCCACAGAGGCUGUUACAUUUGUUCUCAAGUCAGGAAGACAUCGGAUCAAAGCUAUGGCGAAGUACGGAGAGGACGGACUUGGAGCUGGACUCGGGAAACAUGUUGGGAUUAUCCCACUGAAGGAGCCAAGUGUUAUAACGACAGAGGGACUAGAGUGGGAUGUUAAAAACUGGCAAACGGAGUUUGGUGGUCAGAUGAGCACGAGCAAUCAUGUGAAGAAGGAUUGGGUCAUGAUUGAGACGACGAAGGAUGUGUUGUUCACCAUCGAUUUAGACGUUCCAUUUGGGCAAAGCUCUGAUUAAAUGGCCCCUACGGUCUGAAGUGCUUCAUUGGGAACAGAUAUGAUAUGAUAUGAAGUUGUGCUUCCAUGUUCUCGUCCCAUUGGACUUUUC